UUGUCAUUUAGACAUUUGAAAAAGAUAGGUUAUUGUUGUCAUAUAAGUCCUCGUAAAUAACAAUGUUAAAAUAAUUUAUUAUUUUGAAUAUAAGGUUGCAAAAUAAACAUAAUGAAUCGUGUAUUCUUCAUGAACAAGUGUUCUAUUAAUGCUUUUAGGAAUAAUGUAUUUAUCAAACCGCAAAUAUUAACGCCGAAGAAACCUAUGCAAAAUGUUUAUUUUCGGGAAGUUCACGAUCAACGGGGCAAGAUUCGAUCGACCCUCAACUACAUGAUAGCUUUAGGAGUGAUGACAGUAGGAUUAAGUUAUGCAGCGGUUCCUCUUUACAGAAUAUUUUGUCAGGCUUACAGUUAUGGAGGGACAACAGGCACAGCAGAGCCUGAUGAGGUGGUAAGCAAUAUGAAAGCUGUUAAGCACCGGCCACUGAAGAUCAGGUUCAAUGCUGACACUGCCUCCUCUAUGCAAUGGAACUUCAGGCCACAGCAACAUGAUAUUAUGGUAGUACCAGGUGAGACAGCACUGGCUUUCUACACAGCCCGCAACCCUACAGACAAGCCAGUAACUGGCAUCAGUACAUACAAUGUGAUACCGUUUGAAGCAGGACAGUAUUUUAAUAAGAUACAAUGCUUCUGCUUUGAGGAGCAGCAACUAAAUCCACAUGAACAAGUGGACAUGCCAGUAUUUUUUUACAUUGACCCAUUAUUUGUAGAAGAUCCAAAGAUGGAGUUUGUUGAUGAGAUUGUGCUUUCCUACACAUUCUUUGAGGCAAAGGAAGGUCUCAAACUGCCUGUACCAUCUUACGUGAAGCAAUGAGGCUGUUAAUUUUAGUUGAAAAGCAUUUGUGUUCUGCAACAGAAUUGUAUACUGAAAUUUCUCAUAAAGCUGCACAUGCUGGAGUAUAUUAUUUAACUUUUAUUCCUGAAAUUAGAAAUGUCUUAGCAAAUUUUAUUUGAGCUUUUUACAAAAGUAUUAACAAAAAUGGAUCAGCAUACAAUUCUGCUACAAGUGUAUAGUGUAUAGUAUGAUUUGUUAAGUUUGAUGCUGUUUGUUAAUAUUCAUUCUAACAAUAAUAAUUUUAACUUUGGUCACUACUGCUA